AUGUCUUCAUCAUCAAGCAAUAAUAAUUUAUCAAUUCGGAAUGAAGAGCUAUGGAAGGAAUUGAUUCAACAAUUGUUUGCCAUAGCGAGUGGAGAACAAUUAAUUUCGGUCAUUAACGUUCAACAUGUACAGAUGGAUAAAAAGAAGGGACGAGUGUUAGAGGAUCGGAUCGUUUGCGUAACGACUAAAAAGAAGAUGAUCACUACUUCUAAAAAGAAGAAGGGUUUCAAAGUACAUCUUUUGGUGAUUAAAAGAGACAAAGAAGGAACCUUUCACAUUGACAAAACAUAUAAAUUGAAACGAUUGGCCAAAAUUGAAGGUUGUGAUGAGAGUAAUGUUGAAUUCAUUCUCCACUUUACCAAUCAUCAAAAGCCUUUUAGAAUUAUUAGUGAAGGAACAGAGCAAAAAAACAUUUUUAUAUCCAAGUUACUGCAAGUGUGUAGAGAGAAUUUCGGAACGGAGCCAGUUCUUGAAAAUGUAAAUUUGGCUGAGCUCUCGGAAUAUAUAAUGGAAGAGGAAGAAAAUGAUGAUGAGAAUUUGUUCAAGGACGAAAUUGGUGAUGUGUCCCAGAAGGAUUUGGUCACUGAGGAAGAGGAGAAAAUUAUGAGAAAGGUUCUCGAACAGUUUAAUGAAGAUAUGAGCGAUGCCAAGUUAGUGUCCUCCCAAUUAAAUCAAAGACUUGCAAUCUAUGAACGAGAAAACAUUCACGCAAUUUUACAAAAACAAGAACAAUGGGAACGUAUUAUAGGUCAACUAGAUCAUGUGGAGGGGCAAUUGGAAGAAAUGAAUGAUUGGCUGGAACGGUACAACAAGAAACUCAUGCUCAUGCAGAAAGAUAUUGUUCAAAUUGAAUCUGAGAACAACAAUAUGGAGGUACAGGCGAGAAAUCUCAAAUGUUUGUCUGAUGAGAUUGACCAAUUAAUUCACACUCUUGAAUUCGAUGACUCCUAUGUUCAAAGUAUUCAAAAUGAUGAAUUUGAUGGGAAAAUAAGCAAGAUUAAUGAUGCUGUUCAAAAAUUACAAGAUUCUCUGAAUGAAAAGUUUCAAGAUGGCAUGGAUGACAUGGUAGCAGUAAGAGAACGAAUCAAAUACUUCCAAAUUUUGAGAUUUAAUUUUGUAAAUCGAUACAAGGUGUACAUGAGAAAAUAUUUUAAGAAAUUGGCAUCUCAAAUGUUCAAGCAGACAGGAAAGAGCUUUAAAUAUGUGAUUGACCUAAAGUCAGUCAACUACAACAGCUACCAUCGAGAUAUCAUUCAGCUUCACAAAGACACCAUUCACAGAGACCUAAGCAAAUACUCUAUUCUCAUGGAAUGUGUUCAUUCAACUCAAGAGGCCGUUAAAGAUCAUCAACUUCUUGAAAUGCUGAAACAAAAGAUGCGAGAAUCUCACGGUAAAUUUUCUCUCAGUCUGAUAAAGAUCAAGAAAGAUAAAAUGCUAGAUAGACCUCUCGACAUGCUGCUAUUGAAAUACACAAAGGCUGUAGCACCGCUCUAUCGAAAAGAAAUUCACUUAUUCAUACAUGACACGAAACAGGUUAUUAAAUCCAAUAAGGAAAAUAAGGUCACAAAAACAUUUUUACUGGGAACCAAAAGCACUCAGCUCAACGAAAAGAUCAUUAAGGAUACCAAGCAUGCAAAAAGAGUAUCUGUUAGAAUGCCAGCCGCAAAAACUUCGAAUAAUAAUACAGACUCUUCCAAAACGACUCUAUCCAUUGAUGACGAUGAAAUGACCAUGGCUACUGAAAUUGACUUUUCAGAUGGAGAAGAAGACUUUGAUGAUGAAAUCAUUGAAUAUGUGAAAGAACAACAAUCAGACAUUUCGUCACGUGUCGACACCCUGUAUGCCUAUUGCCUUAACACCAUUUGUAGUACCAUGUUCCAAGAACAAAAUCACAUUGCAAAAUUUUUCAUCAUGAAUACCGCAACUGAAGAAGUUCAAAUUACUAAUCCAUCCUUUGAAUCAACAUCAAAUGCGCAAAGAGAUGAAGAUAAUGAUGCAAAUGAAGGAAAGACAUCUCUCGAUGUUAACACCAACACGGCUACUUCCUCUCAGUCUGCUCAAAAUGGUGCUUCAAAAUCUGCUACUGAUCAAAUUGUACAACGAUCUGAAAUUUACAUCAUGAUGGAGCGAAUGUUUAAGGACAUCAAUGAUGAUCUUGUAUCCAUAACAAACUAUGUGAAGAAAAAUACUGACCGAUUCUACUCCUUGUCAAUGAGUUUGGCAGCCGAGAGACAGUUCAGAACGUACAAUGGAAAGAGUACUUACAUUACAGAAUUUUUGAUAUUUGUGAAAGGUCUUAUUCAAGAAAUUAUUCAAAAGUUUAUUACCAAGCAAAUUGAAUCCAUUCAGGAAUUCAAAUGCACCAUUAAGAAGAUUCAUGUGGUUCCUUUUAUUGCCAAAUUUUCCUACUUUAACGAUCGAUUUGAAAGUAUAUUAACAAACUUUUCUGACAUGAGCGUUGCUCGAUCCAGUGCUACCACUGAUUACCUGAAAAUUAUCAGUGCCAUGUUUGAUUCUAUCGAAAAACUAGCUCAAACCAAUGAGAAGCAUAGUGACGCAUUUAGAAUGAAGAAUUAUUCGUAUUUCUAUCACUCUCUCAAUAAGAGACCAAAUUUGAGUCAAAAUGAAGAAUUGGUCAAGCACAACGAAAUUGCAAAGAAACGCUUCGAAGAGUCCUGUCGACGAUAUAUUUUGUGGAUGAUUAAUUUUAAAUUUGAAUAUUUAUUUCAUUUCAUUGAUGGUUUAGAAGACUGUAUCAAAACCACUUCAAAAGAAGAUAUUAUUUAUCAAACACAAUAUUCAAAGGCAAAGGUCAAAGAACUUAUCAAGAAAUACGAUCAUCAAGUCAUGCAAAAAGGUAUUGACAGUAUCUUCAAAAGAAUGGACAAGCACAUUGGUCAGAAAAAUAUUGAUGACUCCUCCUACAAAAUUCCAAAAGCUAUUGAGGAAAGAGGCCCCAAAGUGCUCCACAAGGAAGUAUGGUCACGAUUAAGGAAGUUCUUUGUCUCCAAAUAUGAGAGGUUUGAGAACAUUAUUAACGAAGCGUAUCCUACAUGCAAGCCUGUAAGCACACGAGAAGUCGAGGUCAUGUUUGAUUCUUUUUCUUUUAAUUAA